AUGGGUGGUAUGCUGGAUUUAAAAGAUUGCAAGCUAGGUUUAUCUGUGGCUUUACCGUCUAAUCUAGACCAUGGUCUAAAGUACCUCAUAGAAUGUUUCCUGUAACGUACAGUAUUGGGUAUAUGAAAAUCCUUAUUUCUUUAGUUAUAGUUGGAUGACUUAACACUAAAAAUGUCACUAACAUUUCAAAGUGAAAGUACAAUAUAAAAGGUCAGCAACAGGAAUAAGCUCACUAUAGUUACCUAAAUAAAUACGCUCAUUGCGAAGCCGACCGAUGAUGUUAUGAUGAUGGCCCAUAUCACGCCGUUUGAGUGUUUCUUUUUUCCGGGUUAGGUGCCUAUUAAAGUUUAGAGAUCAACAAGGUGUUGACGAGUCCAGCUAGUACACUGGGUAGUCAAGAUAGGGAUUUGCUACAACAAAAGCCUAACCAGCCAGGGUGAGUAUUUUACUAAUUUAUUGCUUCUAAAGUCUAUUUUUCAAUGUUUUGAAAAAACAACGGGUGUACUUGUGAGACUCCGUUAAACCACAAAAAGAGAGACUUCGAGACUUACCCUAAACGGCUUUUUCCGAGUUUUUCGAAAGAGGAUAUAAAAUAGUUUUCGAGAUCCAUAAUCAACCAAGACGUUCACCAUGGGAUAGUUCAGUGAAGAUCUGAAAACCUCAUUAAAUUCUUAAAACUUCAUAAUAGAGCUGUUUAAAUUUUAUUGUUCGCCUUGUUGAGACUGACUCCCAAUCAGUUACGAAUGUUGGCAUCAGGCAAAGAGUGACUUGGGAGCUCAGCUUUUAUGAUAGGUGAAUGUAACUUCCAAGUUACGUUGGGAAAACGACAAAUUAGUGAGAAAGGCAGAUCUUUUACCUUGAGACACGAAAGGAUAAAAUUCAUCCUUCCAUGCUUGAGAACAGUUGUUAUCUGUAAUAUAACAAAGUGGACGUAAAAUAUCGUACGGGACUCAAUUUCCUCUUAAGGGUGCUCUAUACAACCCAGUUUUAAAAGCCCAGUUAGAACUAGUCGCAGCAACUGGAAUAAUUUUGUUCAGGUAUUCUUAUUUCUCUCGUUUUUUCUUGCUAGAACUUGGGGUGUUCCUUAUAAUUAUAUCAACUAUGUCGAUGCGCAACGAUGUAAUGCUAAAAGGAGCAAAAUGUUUAAAAAUCUUUGAACUUUGGGACAAAUGUGAUUGGUCAGUAAACAUCUGGCCUCUCCUCCUCUCUAGAGUCCUUCAUUUCUCAGACAUUUUCUCCACCAGCUGAAAAUUGUUAUUUUUGCUGGCUAAAGGUAAAAAGUUUUUUGCAAAGGCUCUGCUAUUUGAAAGGGAAGGGAUUUUGCAGUUUGGUUUUAUUAACGUUUAAUGUUUGGUUUUCCAAUUUACAUGUAAAACUCUUUGUCUUUUAUUUCAGAUGCAUUACUUGACUUUUCUUGUCGUUCUUUUUACCGUAAUACCGUGGGAGUCAAAUGGCGUUAGAAGGCCGGGUUACAACGGCGAGGUAUAGAUAGCAACAAGUCCAUACACAGACUAUAACUACUCAAUGCUUUCUCUUUUUAAUUUAAUGAAACCAUUCUUAAUAUCCUGACUAUUCAGAGGCAACCAAAUGCGUUGAAAACAUUUUUUUUAGACUAUCCAGAGUACUUUUAGAUCUUUACAAAGAGCUAUAAAAUGUGUAUGUGUUCGGUCAUCCUAGGGAAACUAAGUCUUUUCGAAAUUGCAAGGGCCUCAGUAUUAUUUUCUCGAAAAUUUUAGAUGCAAUUUAGCGAGUUACGAAAGUGAAAAUUUUAAAAUUCCUCUCUCUAUCACAUUUUUGAAUCCGAAAAGUUUAGGUUGCCUUUUUCGUACGAAAAAUAGUCCAACCUGGAGUGUGAAAUGUGAAAAAUAUGCUUCAGAAAAUCGUAGGGACGAAUUUAUACGAAAAUUGUACAUUAAUGGAACUGUCUAGGGCUCUAGGCAAUAUUUGCUUCUCCGAACAGACAUUUUACAGCAGUCGUCUGGUGGCCCUGACUAUUGCCUCGAAAUCCCCACCCCCCUACCCACCCUGAGCCCCCUAAAGUAUUAAUGCAUAUUCUUCCUCUUUUCAGUUUCCCAAAAGCUGCCGUUACCUACCACGUAAUUCACCGAAUGGG